AUGACACAGACAGCCACCUCAACCCCCCAGCCGAAACGCAAGGCUUCUGCCCCACCACAUCGAACGUCUCGGAGCUAUUCAACACCGUUUGAUAUAGACGUCUAUCUCAAUCCAUACAUUCCUCGAUCACCACUUCACCUCCUCCCUAGACAUAUUUCUUAUUUCCUUGGCUAUCGAGCCCCUCGCAAAGACCAUCCUUCUCCACCUCCACCACAAAGGUUUCAUGACACCAUUUUAUACACUUCGAUAUUCAUAGGCACCUUCUGCGGUCUGGCCAUUAUCGAACAUGUCUUUCUCGCUCUACCUCCUUUGUCCGGCCACACGGCUCCCAUCAUCAUUGCCUCGUUCGGCGCCGCCGCCAUACUCGAAUACAACACCAUUGAAUCUCCUCUAGCCCAACCGAGGAACCUCUUUGUUGGUCAUUUCCUGUCAGCUCUAGUUGCUGUCUGUGUCGCCAAGCUAUUUGGUCAUCUCCCUCAAGAUCGCUAUGAAGACUUACGAUGGCUGGCCGGUGCUAUCUCGGUUGGCCUUGCCAGUAUGUUGAUGAGCGCGACCAAGAGCGUCCAUCCUCCAGCCGGAGCGACCGCUCUAAUGGCCUCAACGACAGUUGAGAUUCAAGUCUUGGGAUGGUGGUUGAUCCCACUCGUACUCCUUGCAUCCGUCUUGAUGCUUUCCAGCGCUUUACUCCUCAACAACCUAGCUGGACGACGAUAUCCAAUCUACUGGUGGACUCCCGUGGACUUGAAGGCUUUGAGAGAGGAACGUCGUAGAGCCAGAGCCGAACCUCACCAAGUCGACCUAGAGAAAGAUGAUUGGGACGGCUCUUCCCCCACUGCUGCCACAACCACCACCAACGCCGCAACACCGUCUGCGGCACCCCCAACGACCGUACCAGACUCCAAAGUAGACAACUCAUCCGACGAAGACACAACCGAGGCCGGCUCAGAUACAGGAGAUCUCGCCAAGCUGAGCACUCAGGAAACACGGGUCACUCGGACCAUUUCGUAUAGUUCAGCAUCCAGGGUACCGCACCUCCACCUAAACCCAAGUGGUUCUUCUGCUGGACACCGCCCAUCCUCUUCCCAACGAUCAAAAGCCCAUCGAGGCAGUGCAAUAGACCCUGACAUCAACGAGGAUAGCAUCAUCAUCUCCCGCGAGCGCAUCGUCAUCCCCGACUGGCUCGAGCUAAAUAAUUGGGAAGAUGAAAUCCUACGGAUUUUGAUGGAGAGAUUGCGCGAUUCAUGAUCCACUGUGAUGCUUACAUGACAAGUAUGUAAUGAUCAAGAAAGGCGUCAGUGGCUAGACCAUAACUUAGAAGUGC